CCCUUAUCGCAGCCAGCAAUUCGUCCUCUCGCCUUCUUCAUCCUUAUCAAGUCAAUUCAUCCCUUGCCUUUUGACGCCGGUGGAGCCUUUCCGCAUCAGUCUAUCGCUUAUCUCGUCUUUGCUUCUUUAACUUUUUGUCCGCCCAUCCUGGCUUUGAUUGCUCUGCAGCUUCAUCGUUCUUUGCAUCUUUGGCCUCUCUUAGCGCGCAAUCCUUCCAAUCGAUCACCCUCACCAUGGAGGCUUCUCAAAUCCCAUCCAUUGCCGUGAUCGCCUCGUCGCGCGCCGUCAUCUCCGGCCGUUUGACAUCAGCCACCAUUGUCAUCUCUCGCACUACCGGCAAGAUCACGGCCGUCUUUGAUUCGGUGAUCCCGGCUUCUGAUUUCCCUGCUGGCACCCCCUAUACUGAUUAUUCCCCCCACGUUCUGCUCCCCGGUCUGGUUGACGCCCAUGUCCACCUGAACGAGCCGGGCCGCACCGAAUGGGAGGGCUUCUAUACCGGCACCCAGGCGGCUGCCUUUGGCGGUGUCACCACGGUCAUCGACAUGCCCCUGAAUGCUAUUCCUCCUACCACCACGGUGGCCAACUUCAAGGAGAAACUCCGUGCUGCCCAAGGGAAGUGCUGGGUUGAUGUUGGCUUCUAUGGCGGCAUCAUCCCCGGCAAUGCCGGUGACUUGAAGGCCCUCGUCCAAGAGGGUGUCCGUGGUUUCAAGGGCUUCCUCAUUGACAGUGGGGUCGACGAAUUCCCUGCCGUGUCUUCCGAAGACAUCCGUAAGGCCAUGGCUGAGCUAGCGGAUGAGCCCACGACCCUCAUGUUCCACGCCGAGAUGCUGCCGCCCUCCACUGAUUCCGAGGAGAAGGACCAGGCUCUCGAAGGUCCCGCAGAGGCGUACUCGACUUUCCUCGCAUCCCGUCCGUCGGCGUUUGAGACCUGUGCCGUAGAGGAGAUCAUUAACCUGUCUGAGGUGGCCCCCAAACUCCCUCUUCACAUUGUUCAUUUGUCUGCCAUGGAAGCUAUCCCUCUGUUGCGCAAAGCCCGCGCUGAUGGCGUUCCUAUCACUGCGGAAACCUGCUUCCACUACCUGUCCUUGGCGGCUGAGGAGAUCCGGGAUGGAGACACCCGCCACAAGUGUUGCCCACCCAUCCGUUCCCAGUCGAACCAGGACGCUCUGUGGGAUGAGUUGGAGCGCCAUGCGGAAGAUGGCGUGAUCCAGACGGUCGUCUCGGACCACUCCCCCUGCACCCCUGAUCUUAAGCUCCUGCCAUCCCACGUCCCUGGCUGCUGCCCAUCAGACGGCGACAGCACUCAAGUUGACAAUGAGGGUAGCUUCCUUUCCGCCUGGGGCGGUAUCUCAUCAGUUGGCCUCGGCCUUCCCAUCCUGUGGACGGAACUUAGCCGUCGCAAGGCCCUGAAAGCUGCAGACGAAACCACGACCCAACAGGCUCUGCAGGACGUUGUACGACUCUGCUGCACCAACACUGCCGUCCAGGUUGGCCUGCAGCACCAGAAGGGUGACCUUGUCCCCGGCCAUGACGCCGACAUCUGUGUCUUCGACGACACCGCAGAAUGGAUCGUCGAACCCAGCACCAUGCUCUUCCGCAACAAGUGCUCACCGUACCAGGGCCGCAAGCUUCGUGGACUGGUCCGCGAGACCUGGCUGCGUGGCGAGAAGAUCUUCAGCCGCGACGAUGGCUUCAGCACCAAGACGCCCUCCGGAGGCUUGCUUCUGGAGAAGCGUGCUUGUUAAGACCUCUCACUCCUCCCACCUGUCCCGAGUCACUCAUCAUCACCCUUUAGGACUGUUGACAGCCCAUUAAGCGGAUGACACGACACCUUCAUCAUCUCUUUCUGCCACAAGCAUCCUCAUCAUCUCAUAUACACGACCUGACAUGAUACCCGCAACCUGAUGAUUUACUACUAAUGAGCAUUCGCAGCAUAUACAUCAGCGCAUAGACUAGUAUCCCAUAAGCGACGGUGUAGACAGACAGCACCUCGAUAAACACGAAUACAUCAUCU